UUCAGGAGCCGCUUCCCGUCGCUGCCGCCAUGGUCUCCUGGAUCAUCUCCCGCCUCGUGGUGUUGAUCUUCGGCACCCUCUACCCCGCGUACUCCUCCUACAAGGCCGUGAAGACGAAGAACGUGAAGGAAUAUGUGAAGUGGAUGAUGUACUGGAUUGUGUUUGCCUUUUUUACCACUGCAGAAACACUUACAGACAUUGUUCUUUCUUGGUUUCCCUUUUAUUUCGAGCUGAAAAUCGCAUUUGUCAUUUGGCUGCUCUCCCCUUACACCAAGGGCUCCAGUGUCCUCUACAGGAAGUUUGUGCACCCAACGCUCUCCAAUAAGGAGAAGGAAAUCGAUGAAUACAUUACUCAGGCUCGUGACAAGAGCUAUGAAACCAUGAUGCGAGUUGGCAAGAGAGGGUUAAACCUUGCUGCCAAUGCAGCAGUUACUGCAGCUGCAAAGGGCCAGGGAGUUUUGUCUGAGAAGCUGCGAAGUUUCAGCAUGCAGGAUCUCACUCUGAUCCGGGAUGAAGACACUGUGCACCUGCAAAGCCGGGAGCCACAACUGCACCCAUCUGGUGGGAGUCUUCUUGAAACCAUUGAGGAUUCAGCUUCCUGUUACUCCUCAGGAGAGGAGAGCAGUGUGGCACAUAGGUCUAAUGGAACACCACUGGAGACUAGAACAGAUCCAUCAGAUGAAGAUGCAGGAGAUAAACUUCCUAAACGUACCCAGAGUCUCAAAACUUCUAAGAAGAUGACGAAAGCUGAGGUUCCAGUAAGAAGUGUCAAAACCCGUCCCAAGAAGAAAGCUGCAGGCUCUGUCGCUUCUGUUGAGUCAUCCUAAGGCAGCCUCCCCUUCCCCAGCACCUGUCUCUGUCCUGGGAUUUACCUGUCACUUUUGAGGGGAAAUUCUCCAUAGGAAGGGAGCUGAGAUUCAUGUACAUAACAGAUACUGCUUUGUAGAGCUCAUUCUGAGGCAAGGGGGAGGCUGGGAUUCAGAGCAUGGAGUAGAGGAUAUGCAUCCUCAGGAAUUUUCUCCUUUUCAUCUCUCUGCUGGAAGGAAUGUUGAUAUGUCUGUACAUAGCCUGUUGCUUUGGAAUUCUCACUAUAUAAACCUAGUUGAGGAGAAUCUUUGCUGGGAGAACUGACUAGGGUUAGAGACAUCCAUUGCACAGAAGCUGGAAAAAUAUUAAGACACUGAAGUUCCACAGGGGUGAGUGGCUCCCUAAAAUGUCUUGUUUUGCUCUGGGUAUUCUUCUGCAGCUGUGUGUUGUGAAGAAGUGCCCACAAGAAAUCAUCCUCCUUAAGAAUGGGCUGAAACCAAUCAUGUCCAUCCCCUUUGAGAAGGUGACUGAAAUGAUGUAUGCUGAGUGCUUUUGAAUUGAAAGGACUGGCUCGUGGGAGGAGUAUGCUAGAUAGACAUUGCUAGUACUGGAAAGUGAAGAGAUUGGUUUUAAUUUUUUUUCUGGAAGGUGAAGGGAGAUAAUUGAAAAACUGAGUAAUGAAGAAAAUAUGUUCUUAAAUACACCUGUGGUGAAGUAGAUACUGUAACUGUAGUUACAGUAGUAACUGUAACAGUUAACUAUUGAGAAAGAAAGUUGGGCAUUUGUAAGAUUUUGGCUCUUUUUGAAGCUGCUUGAAUUUUAUUUCAGGUUCUGUUGUUCAUUUUGAUACCAUCAGUGUGAGGCGAGUCCCAUGUGGUGGGAGAAGUUGACAGGGAGACUGUUGCUUUGCCAUUUAGUGGUUGAAUUCCAUGUCAUCCUGAUGCUUGUUAUGUCAGACAGUUUUUUCAUUCUGGCAGAUGACUGGCAAAAAUCUCAGUGUAGUCUGCAGGCAUGUUGAGAAUUUCAGGAGCCCUUAUCCUCUGUACUGGAUUUAGGAAAUCCAGUUGUCAGGGUAUGAGAACUUACAAAUAGCUGAUGUAUGAAUUUUGCUAAUUUCAGGAUUCCUUUUAUGGGGGGUAAAAAGCAGGGAGUAAGGAACAUUUGUGAUUAAUGAGUCCUCUUGCUUUAUUCUACUGCAGCCCUUGCACAAGUUUUCUUUGUUUCUUUGAUAAACAUGUGCCAUGUUUAUCAGUGUCCUAAGACUUGAGCAGUAUGUAACGCUUGGGACAGAACUACAUCGAAUGUAGUAUAUAUAUUGUGGGAGUUAAAUUGCAAUGUCGCGGAGAAAAUUUGCAUCAUGCCAAGCCAUACUGGAUUCUAAUCUUUUGAACAUUGUUAAGGGGAGAUCCCUUGUACAACUGCUGACAGAAUCAGUGGCAAUUUGAGAUGAGUGGGAUUCCUGUUGAGAUCUGUAAUGGGAGAGCACCAUUAUAGACAUGGUUGUCUAAGAUCAUCGAAUAUUCACUCAGUCUUUAGUGAUCCUAGUUAUAAAAGGGACCUGGCUCCUCCCUCCCUACUGAAGAUCAUUCUUAGCUCUAGAUGCAGACAUUUGUGUUUGCCCACAUCUUUUGCUGUCACAUUUCUUAAAUUACAGCGGAUUGCUUACAGAGCCCCAGAAUUUGCUGUUGAUGAUGUAUAGAAGCACGUCUGCAAGUAAUAUUACACAAGUAUUUCUGUCUUAAAGAACAGCCGUUCAGACGUUUGUAAAGUUGAAGAUGAGCACUCAAUUUUUUUUUCUUGUUUCCUAUUGUCCUGGUGGAAAAUUGUUACAAAUUUACUAUUAAAAAAGAAAACAAACAAUUCAGUUAAUUUUAUUUGUAGCUUUAAAUUAAAGUCUUGACAAACCAUGUCACAAACUUGCGUCUUCCCAGAAAUACUUGUCCUAAAUUACCCAGAAGGCAGUAGAAAACCCUUGAUGUGGCUUCAAGUUUUGAGUUUCACAAAAAAUAAAAAAA